AUGAUGAAAAGACAAGAUGUUAUUGAGAGGUUAAGUGAUGUCUUGAGUAAAGGAUUUUUUGGUUUUAAGGAAUGGAAUGGUAUCGUGAGUUUCACGACAUUGCUAGCAGAAAUUAAAAGUAUAAUCGAUGGGCCAAAUACAGCAAAUACACUAGCCAGAAUCAUUGAAGACGCCAAUACAUUUUACAGUUCCGUCAUCCACUACGAAGCAGAGACAGUUAUCGCCCAUCUUCAAGCUUUCGUAGCUGGACGUUCCGCUGCCGCUCUUACUGCCAUUCAGUCUAGAGCCAAAGAAGAUUAUUAUGAAGCAACCCGCAAAAUGUUUACAGCCAUGCAACGAGAUGUUCAUAUGCAAAUUGAUGAAAUUAAUAACCUAAUUGCGCUUGACUACAAUAACGGAGUUAAAGGCCUAUUGAAGAGAGUAAUGGAUAAGGAUAAUGCGUUUUCCGGUUCGAAUAAUAAGCUGAAGAAACUGGAUGUAAAGAAGACUGAUUCCAUUCAAGCAAACGAACGGCUCAGAAGUCUAUCAGCUAACCUGAAAGCAUAUCUCGUUAAUAUUUUAAGUUACGUCUUUUACCCGGUAGGCACUGGACUGACCGAUGACCCAGCUAAAAAAGUGAAAAAUAUUCAGACCGAUGUAGAUGAAUUACUUGAACAUUUAAGUGUCUCAAAUGACUCUAAAAAGUAUAAUUAUGAUAACAAAUUCGUCACUUUUCUCACCUCCCUCUCCUCCUCCCUCACCGCUCUCCACCCCUCCGCCUUCGCGAACCCCCGGCACCCGGAGCUGCUCGAUGCGGUCAGAGCGGGGCUGCAGGGGUUUGUCACGGAGAUGGGGAGGGUGUAUGUGAACGGGUAUGAGGGAGGGGAGGGGAUUGAUAAAUUAGGUAAAUUGGUUACUAAUGGUGGUAAUACAGAUGGAAAAUUGACAGACGACGGUAGAAAUUUCUCGAAGAUAUUUUUGACGAUUUUAGAGACAUUGUACCAUGACUUUGUUACAUUACAAGGUGGAUGUAAAAAAGACGCUUCGGGGCAUAAACAACAACUUUGUCUGUACGUAGACGAAAAAGGCAAGCGAAAUGGUAACCGUCUCGGCAGCUGGUUGAAAGAGCGCGGCUUCGAUGUGCCGUCAACUAAGGACAAGCAGGACGGUGAACUGGACAGUAAGAAGACGGGGAAAAAUAUUCACGAUGACAUGAUAUGUAAGAAACUGGAAAAUGUUGCCUCGAACACUACCUUAACCACCUGGAAAAAAAAGAAAAAUUCGGAAACUUCCGGCAGCACUAGCAACGAUGACAUUACCCUUCUCGACAUACUGGGCUUCUUCCACGACCAGUUGCUCGACUAUUUUAAGACAUCUCACCUCCGCCACAUUCCAUCGCCAAAAGCACCGUGCAACGUAUAUCAGAUGCUGCAAUGGCUCACCGGACUGCGGCACAAUCCCAUGUAUGAUAAACUAUGCGGGCACUUCAAGGGACUGUUCAAGAAACCUGAAGGAGAUAAAGCGAACGAUGUAUCCGAGUACAAGCUUGAAUCCACUGAGUCGAAGUUGAACGCUGGGGAACUAAGCACGAUGCUUCGCAAAGUUUGCAACAUAUCCGUUGACGUGCUGGUUGCAAUCCAAGGCCACGGGCACGCGGAUGGUGUAUAUGCGAUUGACUUCUACGUUAACAGCGAAGGUCUGUCGUACCCGAGUAACCCCGGCCAAUGUUUCGAUUUACUUGUUGACGUAGCAUCUAGAGUAUACCACCAGAUGCUAUUCGUUUACAAGCAGUGUAACAACGGUCCUCAGAGCUCCGGUUGGUCGGACUGCCACUACGGCAGGAGCAUCGCCGGGUCAGCGUGGAACUGCAACACCUUUCAAUGUCCCGACCAAGAGUGUAAGCAGAAGCAUGACCAAACGGCCGACCAACAUUACAAGUGCGGUAUCAAGUCGCCACUUCAGUCGUUCCUUGAGGAUGGCCUCCCAGGGUUCCUGCCACAUCAGUUCACUAAGCCGGGUUGUAAGCUGGAAUGCGCUGUGCCGAAUCACUUCGGCAAACCGUGCCUGACUCCCAUGGGAUUCGCGGACAUCGGUAUCGCAGCUUCUCACACGAAGCAGGGCAAGCAUCUGAAAGACGUGCUUGAGAAAUUCUGUGGUAGCGUAGAACCGCGGCUCACUAAGCUGUGCUCCAUGCUGACGUGUCUCCUCCAGAAGCCUCCGCAGACUCUGGGUGACAUAUUGGCUUUCUAUCACAAAUUCCUUGACAGGUGGGAAAAGAGUGGUGAGCAUAAGAGAGAUGCAUUCGUCGACGCAGUCCGGAAAGCCAAUUUCCGUGAUGAGCAAACGAAAUUAAACGUUGUAUGCAUACAAAGCGGGCACAGGCACACUGAGAGCCACGUAAGAGGUGAACUUCUGAGCCUUAUGCAAUGUAACUCAAACAAAACACCGACACCGCCCUGUGGAGCAUACCUGCAGCCUUUGUAUCUCGAAAUUCGUGAAACAUAUUCGAAACAUCACGCAGACAGAUAUCUCUCAUGGGUCGUGUACAUCACCGAAACCUUCUAUGAUUUGCUCAAAAGGCUUUAUGAUGAGUGCUGUAAGAAGUGCAACACACCUGGAUCUAGAUGUUACGAAAAGUGCUGCACUGAGAAUUGCCAAGUCACGUACUCCGCUGAUAAACCAAGCGUAAAGACACUCGAAAAUGCAAAUCACAAUACGAGUUGCAACUCCAUCGUCAAAUGCCCUAAUACGCAUCCGACAUUGUAUAAGUAUGGUUUCACAUUCGGCAGUCCGUAUGACCUCAGCGGUCAAUACAGUCAACAAACGAGACGCACGUGCAAGGACUUCUGCACAGCCUUGGAGAGAGUUCUCGGUAAAGGAUGCUUGCUUGCAGAUCUGCUCAACAAUAUUGACAAUUUCCUAUGGGCCAUCAGAACGCCAUUCUCCUAUCUCGUAUUAGCACUCUGGUCACUCUCCCUCUUCUACCUCAUCUGCGUAAUGGUUGGCAGACUGGAUGUGCUGCACAUACGCUCACACCUGAGGAUACCGUCAUCGCACAGGAUAACGGCGCAAUCGCUGUUGGCUGCAGCGCAAGUCGGAAGGCUUGCCAAGAUAUCGUACCUGCAGCCGUGA